AUGUCAGGACGCGGAAAGCAGGGAGGCAAGGCCCGCGCUAAGGCCAAGUCGCGCUCGUCCCGCGCUGGCCUCCAGUUCCCGGUGGGGCGAGUGCACCGCUUGCUGCGCAAAGGCAACUACGCGGAGCGGGUCGGGGCAGGCGCCCCGGUAUACCUGGCGGCGGUCCUCGAGUACCUGACCGCGGAAAUUCUGGAGUUGGCGGGCAACGCGGCUCGGGACAACAAGAAGACGCGCAUCAUCCCUCGCCAUCUACAACUAGCCGUGAGGAAUGACGAAGAGCUCAACAAGUUACUCGGGGGUGUCACCAUUGCCCAGGGCGGCGUCUUGCCCAAUAUCCAGGCUGUCCUGUUGCCCAAGAAAACGGAGAGUCACAAGCCUGGCAAGAACAAGUAA